GCAACCGGCUCGAGCGUCUAUAGCCGAGCGGGGACUCGAAUGAGCGGACAAAUGACGGGAUACUCCGACAGACUACAAACGAUGAGCACACACGGGUCGGCAAUGCCUGAUCAUGAGCGCGUCAUCGCUAUCGAUUCUUCCGUCCUGGGAAAGAUUCUCGACGAUUGCGCGAGCUCAGACGCGAAGCGUCGGGAACGAAGCACACGGUUCAUUGAGGCGAUUAAAACGCGGGGCCUGUGGAUAGGCAUUGCGUGGACUCACGUCAUCGAGUUGGUACGUCACGGCAAUCAACAAGUUGCCGCGGCUCGAGUCAGAGCUCUUCGAUCUCUUCCGAGAAUCGCCUGCCUUAGAGCAUACAACUGCAGCUCCUUUGUGGGCGCGGACAUGCAUCUUGUGCAACGAGAGAUGCACUCAUGGCUUUACCUCGGCCUCCGCGAUUGGGAAGAGAUCGUUACCCACACGCGGCAGGAUGCCUGGACGUUUGGUGACGGUGCGUCGAUGAUUCCGCCAACCACUGACCGAGCUUGGGGAGCUUUCAGAGAGCUAGCCAUCAGUGACAUACAGCAUGAGAAGAUGGUGGCUUCGAUUGCUCGCACGGAUCCUGGCAAGAUAGGAAGCCGUAGCCUCUUCGAGCUUCGUUCGGCGAAGCCCCGGAGCCUUCAGUCACGGACCGAUUUUUUGCCUAGCUUCGUGCAGGACCUUGCUGGGCAAUUGUUGCAGCAUGGCGACCGUGGAUUAGCGGGUGCUCGGAGAGUCGCCAAGGAAUUUGCCGCGAGAUCGUUUGGCAGAGUCGAUCGCGUAGAGGCUACCGGAGGCGACCCCUCAUCAAUCUGCCUGUAUCACCCGGGCGUCCCAGAGACAAUGUUGGACCGACGCACCACCUGCAGCGAGUUCGGUGAACUCACCGUCGUUGCAGAGUUGCUCGCCGUCGUCGGAGAAGGUCUCAACCCUCCCGCCAAACUGAGCCUUCACAACGUCGAGUUGGAUGCAGUCCCGACGCUUGCUAUGGAGCGGGUGAUUCGCACCAUACAGCGAAAGGCUCCCAUUGUCUCCGGCAGUGACGUUGGGGACCGCGCGCUCGUGAUGCUCGCGAUUUACGCUGACUUCGUAGUUGUUGAUAAGCGCACGCACGAAUUCGUCCGUCAACUUCGGGCUACGGCUCCUCGACUUGGAAAGCUGUUGGGGCGUGUCGUCAAGUGCAGGAGCUACACGGAUCUUCCGGCGGUGCUCGAAUCGGCUUCCGCUUCCACGUAG